CAAUCCUCGCCUCGUGGACCCCGUACAUGGAAAUCUCGAUGGCCAAGGACUCCAUGCCGGAUGACCUGCGGCCGAUCACCAAGGUGAUGUUUGCGUCGGCGUUGAUUCCGGGGGGUAAGUUUUUGUCGCCUUUUUUAGAUCCCUUAUCAUUGUGCAAGGCACAGCUAAUGGACAGCCUUUCGAUCGGGGUAUCUGGGACCAGAACCGGGUCAUUAGAAGAUCUAUUGUCAUAUGUACAUUAAAAACCAGGAAUUCCGAUGAUCUCUCUCCACGCCGAAGCGGUCCGGGGGAGGAUAUA